AUGCGUUUCUCAUCCGUCGUCUUCGUCGCCAUGACUCUGGCUCUCGGCUCAGCUAAAAAGAUCAACAUGAGCUGCGAAUUCGCACAAGACAAGACCGGCAUGGUCCAGAGCCCCUACUGCUGCCGCGACUUGGUUUCUGCUAGAGGAAACCCCAAGGCCAAUACGGCUACCGACUGUGUGCUUCUAAAGACCCCUCAGCUGUGCGAGGACAAGUCUCGACCUGCAUGCUGCUAUGAGAUUGGCAAGGAGAAGAUCUGUACUUCGCACGCUAUUUUCCAGGAUGCGGCAAAUGUUUAG